GGGAGGUUGAUUUGAGGCGCACGGGGAUUCAGCGGGGUGACAGGCAGGGAGUGUUGGUGAUACCACGCGAGAACUGUUGGAGUGUCAGUCAAUGGAAUGAUGAGUUGUCUUUAGAUGCGAUGCGACCAGCACUCACUCUUGUAGCCAAACUUGUUGGUGUCAUUGCUGGCACCAGCGACAGCGAAGCGCGGCGAGGAAAAGAAACGCUUGACGGCCUCCAUUAUGGUAUCGAUGAAGAUGAAGAUGAAAAUGAAAAUGAAAAUGAGGAGGGAAAGAAGUUUGGAACGCCAGAGGGCUCGAGAAUGAUGGAAUCAGAGGCGGAGAUUAUUGCGUCGAUCGAUCGACUUCCUCGGCAUCUUCUCGUCCUUCUCCAUCUCCAACUCCACAACUUCGACUUCUCCAAAUUUAUCCAACAACGUCAUCCGUCACCACCUCCCUUCAAAUCCAUCCAUACAAUCGUAAUUAAUCAAACCUCUAUAUUUCCCCAUCAACUGCAUGCCACCUUUCGUCCCCCGCAAGCGUGUCUCCUCCGAGGAUCCGCCCAGUGCCAAACGGCAGGCAUUGCAAAAUGCGACCGUUAUCCAGAACACGGAUUCAGAAUCCUCCCUGAGCGAUGCCCCUAGCUCCGAUGACGAAAAUGACAAAAACGAGACUACGAGCAAGAACAAUGAUAAAGAUGAGGACGAAGAGGACGGUUCAGAAGACGAGAGUGUUGACUGGGAGGAUGCCAUAGAAACAAAAACACCCUAUACGACAACCCCUCUAACCCCUGCAUUCGAAGCGCAGGAUCUCGAAUUGACGCUCGACAAAAAUGAAGUGCAUAUGGCCGACCUUUUGGAUGGGAAGAAGGGGCCGUCCAAAAUUGAGCGACAAAUUCGCAUCCAGACUCAUUGCAUGCAUGUUCAGUUUCUCCUCUUCCACAAUGCUGUCCGCAAUGCUUGGGCCAACGACUCGAAAGUUCAUGAUAUUUUACGAGAGAAGCUGCCUGCGGGGAUCCAGAAAGAAGUCAAGAAAUGGAGGAUUGCAUCGGGUCUAGAAGCACCGGAAGAAAAACCGGAAGAGAAGAAGAAAAAGAAAGGAAAAGGGAAACAGAGUCAAAAGCAAAAUCGAGAUUGGGGGGAAGGUUCAUCGCGCCUGGAGCCAGGCCAACCAGAUAUGAGUCGGGGCGAUCCGAUAAUCACUCUGCUCAAAGUCCUGGCAGCCUACUGGAAGAAGCAAUUCAAGAUCACUGCGCCAGGUCUACGAAAGCAUGGAUACAGACCCAUGUCUCAGCUAGAGGCCGAAAUAUCAUCGUUCAACAAGGAUGACCCCAAUCCUGAAAGGCAUGGUGAGAAAUUCGCUAAUGUCGAUGAGUUCCGCGCAGCAGCAGAGCAUAUGGAGGGAUCGAGAGAUGUCGGGGCACAGCUCUUCACGGCUCUGCUUCGUGCCCUGGCGAUCGAAACAAGACUGGUUGCCAGUCUGCAACCUCUUGGAUUUGGCUGGACCAAGUCGGAAACUUAUACAGCCUCAAAGCCCAAGGCAGACGCUGAGACCAAUACAGAUCUUCCUGAUAUCGCAGAAGAGCCAGAGCCUGAAUCAGAAAACAGCGACAGUGAUGAAAACUUGUCUGGACCAAACAAAAACAGUAAAUCCUCCAAAGGUUAUGAUAAGGACCUUCCUUUCCCCAUAUACUGGGCUGAGGUAGCCUCCCCAAUCACCCAUGAAAUCAUUCCCGUGGACCCAUUGGUAUUGCCAAACGCCGUGGCCACAACUCCGGAGCUUCAAGCAGCCUUUGAACCCCGCGGGGCCAAGGCAGAAAAGGCCAAGCAGGUCAUAUGUUAUGUCAUUGCCUAUAACCAAGAUCGAACCGCAAAAGAUGUUACCACACGAUAUCUACGUCGUCGGACCUGGCCAGGUAAGACAAAGGGCUAUCGGAUGCCCGUGGAGAAAAUUCCUUUGGGUCAUCGAAAGGGCAAGUUUUAUGAAUACGAUUGGUUCCGGGUAACAUUUCGAGUCUACGAGCGACCAGAGAAGCAGCGAACGAUGGUGGACGACAUUGAAGAUGUCAAAGAUCUUCAAGCCAACCAACCUGACAAAAAACCGGCCAAGGAAGGGGACACAUUGCAGAGCCUACGUUCGUCGACCGAAUUCGUCUUGGAGCGCUUCCUACGUCGGGAAGAAGCCCUCCGGCCAGGGGCAAGGCAUGUCCGUACCUUCGUCUCUGGCAAAGGACCCAAAGCCAAGGAAGAAAAAGUGUACCGACGAGCCGACAUACUCAAAUGCAUGUCCUCCGAAAGUUGGCAUAAAGAAGGCCGACAGAUUAAAACGGGUGAAGCAGCCCUCAAACACGUCCCCAUCCGCGCCGUGACCCUUCUCCGUAAGCGUGAGGUUGACGAGCUGGAACGUGCGACGGGCGAGAAACCCAAGCAGGGCUUGUAUGCCAAACAUCAAACGGAGUACAUCAUCCCUCCGCCGAUACGCAACGGCGUUAUCCCCAAGAACGACUACGGGAACAUCGACUGUUUCGUACCUAGUAUGGUACCACAAGGCGCCGUCCACAUUCCCUGGCCAUAUACAGUACGCAUCUGCAAGAAACUCGGCAUAGACUACGCCGAAGCCGUAACAGGCUUCGAGUUUGGAUCUAAAAUGGCCGUCCCCGUCAUCGAGGGAGUCGUAGUCGCAGCCGAAAAUAAGGACCUCGUCAAGGAUGCCUGGCGGGCAGAAGACGCAGAAAAGCGAAAGAAAGAGCAGCUCAAAGCUGAAAAACGCAUCUUACAAACCUGGCGCAAAUUUCUUUUCGGUCUACGUAUCGCCGAGCGUGUCCGUGAGGAAUACGGUGACAGAGAUACCGAGAGAGAUGAACACAACCCAUUUACAAACAGACAGUCGAAUCGUAAUCAAUCCCCGCCGCCGCAGGAAGACCAACGCGAAUCAUCCGAAGAUCCAGCCGAUCGUGGUGGCGGGUUCCUGUUACCAGGCGAAGAUGACGGUGACGAUGGAGAUUUGAUUGUUGAAAGACAUCAACCGAUACAGCCUCCCCCAUCUGAGCCGCAGAUUCAUUCUGUAGAUGAUGACGAAGAUGAGGAUGAGGUUUCAAACUCCAGUUCCAUUGAGGAAAUACCUCCUCCGUCUCCAUCUGAGCCUGAAGAUGAUCCUGCUUCCGUCUCUGAUUAUGCACCGCCCAGGCGCAGGCCAACUCGGCGUACAAGAGGUAGGGGUAAAUAUUAAUUCGGCUACACAGGUAAAAAGGGAAAUGGAAAAUAGAACAGGAAUUAACGAGGAAAACAAUCUGUAUACAUUACUAUGUAACAAUAAUUUAUCUGAGCAUAGGAAUACCAUAACAGCAAAACAGCCUCAGCUUCAGCUUCCUUCACCGCAUUGUCUACCACAACACUCCCCACCCAAACCAACUAACCACUAAACCUGCAUCUGAAGAACACCCUCAUAAUCGCAAUCAAUCAGAACAUGUGGCUCAGGGUCAUCCCUGCAAAUCCACUUCGUCCCAGGCGCAUG